AUGCUGACAUGCAUCAUCUUAACAAUCGUUUUAAUCGCCAAUGAUUUAAAUGUGAAGCAAUUGAAAAAGAAAUUAUCGUUGAGGAGUCAAUUGAAAUCGAAAUUGAGUCAAUUGAGCUUCUUCCAUGGCAACAACGGCACCAAUGAGAAUAAUAAUGAAAUUAUUUACGAAAGACAGGCGCCAGGACCAAAACGUAAAUUUAUUAUUGGCAAUCUUGAUGUACUUGAUGGCUAUGAAAUUCCAUAUCAAGCAUUCAGUGACUUAGCUGAGAAAUAUGGCAAUGUUAUAAAACUACAAAUGGGAAAUGUACCCAGUUUAGUGAUAAAUGGUGUGGAAAAUAUUAAGGAAGUUCUGAUUUAUAAAGGCCACCAUUUUGAUUCACGUCCCAAUUUCAAGCGUUUCCAGAUGUUAUUCGAUGGAAAUAAGGAGAAUUCAUUGGCAUUUUGUGACUGGUCGGAUAUGCAGAAAGUAAGACGUGACAUGCUCUCAACUCACACAUUUCCACGAAAAUUCUCCAUGAGCUUCAAUCGCCUCAAUGAUAUUACAAUUGAAAAUUAUCAUCAGCUCUCGUCUGAAAUACGAUGCGAUAUUGCAAAUGAAAAAAGCACAUCCAUCAAGCCAAUUGUAAUGGAGGCAUGCGGAAAUAUUUUUACAGAAUAUUUUACAUCACGCAAUUUUGACCGAAAUGAUAAAAGCUAUCAAACCUUGCUCAGGAAUUUUGAUAAAAUCUUCUGGGAAGUAAACCAAGGAUCUGCCGCUGAUUUUCUUCCAUUCUUAUUACCAUUUCAAUACAAAAACAUGAAAAAAAUGGAACAAUGGUCUCACGAAAUUCGUCAAUUCAUUUUGCACAACAUCAUAACAGAUCGAUACUCAACAUGGAAUAUUGGCAAUGAGCCAAAUGAUUAUAUUGAGUCACUUAUUGAUCACGUGAAGCAAAAACUUGAACCACGAAUGGAAUGGGAAACGGCAUUAUUCGCAUUGGAAGACAUAAUUGGCGGACACUCAGCAGUAGCGAAUUUCGUAUGCAAAACUCUCGCAUUUAUCGCAAAAGAUAAGGAAAUCCAGAAGAAUAUACAAUCGGAAGUAGAUAAUUUGUUGAAUGAGCGUAGUGAAAAGUCAGUUUUGAUAGGAGAUCGCAAUAAAUUAAUUUACACGGAGGCUACUAUAAUGGAAUCAUUGAGACUCAUCACAUCUCCGAUAGUACCACACGUUGCUUCACAAGACAGUUCCAUUGAUGGUUAUACAGUUAAAGCCGGCACAUUAAUUUUCCUCAACAAUUACGAUUUAAAUAUGUCAGAGACGCUAUGGGAAGCCCCAAAAAAAUUUGAGCCAAAACGAUUCCUUUCGAACGGUAGACUUAUUAAGCCAGAUCAUUUCAUACCGUUCGGUGUUGGAAGACGAUCAUGUAUGGGAUACAAAUUGGUUCAAUUUCUAACCUUCGCAAUAGUUGGUAAUUUAUUGAAGGAGUUCGACAUUAGUACUGUUAACGGUGAGGAUAUUAAAGUGACAGUUGGCUCACUUGCAAUACCAGAAAAUCCAUAUCAACUUGUAUUCGCCCCAAGACAUUAA